CCGGGAGCUGUGGAGGCUGCGUCGGUUGAUCUGCUGGCAGUUAAAAAAAACAACAGACACACACACACACACAGACAGAGAGAGAGAGAGAGAGAGAGAGAAAAGGGGGGAGGGCACUGCUGUAACGAGGGAGGGGGGGACGACGUUAAUCUCUCAACUGGCUGGAAAAAAAAAAAAAAAAACUAUUAAUUUAUUCGUUACUCCUGGAAAACGACCACAAACACACAACAACAACAACAACAACAACAACAACAACCUCCACCUCCGGGAGGCUUCGAGCCGAGCGACGAGCCUCGAACAGCGGUCGGACAUGAGCGGGGAGACUGUAUGCAAUAACCAUCCAGUCACUGUCUUAAGCUGCCCCAAGUCCAUAUCACCAGUUCACGAUGAAAAGGCGAUCAAGCUGACACAGGAGGGGAGGUGCUCUCCGAUAUGCUGCCAGCAGAAUGAUGCCCAGAGGCAGGGAGAGGGCAGGAGAACAAAUAGCAUCACACCAAAAGACUCAAAGACUGAUUUCCCGGAGAUGGAGAACUGCUGGUUAGCUGAACAGUCGCCGCAGCUCUUCCGCACUCAGACCUGCCUUCACUCCCCGACCGAGCUCGCCCUGCCCCUCAGCAACAGCUUAUCUCACACUCCGCUCCACGCCAACAACAACGGCAGCGCUCUCCACGGCCACCAGAGGAAAGGAGUCCGCCUCAAGGUCAAAGGAAAGAAAUCCACGCUAAGAAUUGCAGGAGGGAAAAACUCCCAAAACCGAAAAGUUACUGACUACUAUCCAAUAAGACGAAGCUCCAGAAAGAGUAAAACAGAACUUAAGUGUGAAGAAAAGAAACACAUAGAUGAUCUCAUCACAAAGGGAAUAGAGGAAGGAAUGGAGGUGCAGCACAUAGAAGGAAAGGGGAGAGCGGUGUUUGCCACUCGGUGUUUCCGGAAAGGCGAGUAUGUGGUGGAGUACCACGGAGACCUGCUGCAGAUCACCGACGCCAAAAAGAGGGAGGCCGAAUACGCUCUGAACCCCGCCACUGGCUGCUACAUGUACUACUUCCAGUACCUCUGCAAAACUUACUGUGUGGACGCCACAAAAGAGACCGGUCGAAUGGGUAGGUUGAUAAAUCACAGUAAAAAUGGAAACUGCCAAACCAAACUCCACGACAUCAACGCGGUCCCUCACCUCAUCCUCGUUGCCUCUCGAGACAUUGACGAGGGCGAGGAGUUGCUCUAUGACUACGGAGACCGCAGUAAAGCCUCCAUCGCGGCUCACCCGUGGCUCAAAUACUGAUCGGAGGAAACAAAAACAAAAACAAAAGGGAAACGUAACAGUAACACUUGUGUUUCUCAUUAGCUAGUGUACAAAAUGCCUUAGAAACAGAAUGUGUUCCUUGUUUUGUUCCGAUAUUGAGGAAGUGGGAGGGCGGGGUUAAGAGCGGGAAGUUAACGGGGGUACUUAUCACAUUUAAAUCAAGGGUCCAUCUGCCUUGUCGGAUGACAUCUGUACUUUUUAUUUAUGUGUAUAUGAAACAUUCUGGUUGUUUUGCAGCACAUUUAUUUUGUACAUUUUGUAUUACCUAUAGACCAAUGCUUCUACAGCAUGCAGGUGGUAGUUAAUGCUCUGCAUUUUUAUACUGCUUUUUUCUUAAUUAGUAGUUAGCAAUACUUAUAUUUAUGGCCCCAGAGCCCUUUUUUGGAUCAGCAACAACUAUGAGAUGCAAAUUACAAAACCCUUUUUAAAAUAAUAUAUAUAUAUAUAUAUAUGUACACAUAUAUAAACAUUUGAUUUCAGCCCAUCAAAACUCACACAGUCUACUAUUGUUUAGUGGAAGUGUAAUAGUUUACCAAACUCAUGGUUCAGUUGGCAUUUUUGAGUCUUAAUUACAAAAAAGUAUUUUACUUUUUGUGUAAGUAAAAGUAGUGUUGAACAUACAGACUUAAAGGAUGACAUAGGAAUACAGACAUUUGUCAAAUGAAUAAUCUUCCUCUUGUUUUGAUGCUUUUAUUUUGAAGUUUUUGUUUUUAGCCUAUAUUGUAUUUUUUAAUAUUUAAGACGCACAGUUCGUUUGAAUGAUCAAGUAGUAAACGUUCGAAUAAGACAAAAGCAGAUACCGACAGUAUAUCCUGUUAUGUCAGUUAAAAUACAACAUGUUUGUUAAUAUAAAUACAGUUUCAGGUUCUCUGUAACCUCGACUGCUCAUUCUCCCUUUUUAAUUUCACUUCAAUAUAAAUCCACGAUACUGUCUAUAUUACUGCACUAUGUAAAUAUAUUUAUUGGCUCGCUGUUGCAAAUCAAACGGCGGUUUAAAGGAACAGUUUGACCUUUUGGGAAAUAGUUUUUUUCCCCGACUUUCUUACAGUUAGAUGAGAAGAUUGAUGUCACUCUCACGUCUCUAUGUUAAAUAUCAAAGCUAAUCAGAGCUCUUUUUUAUUCUGUGGCUGAAUUAUGAGACAGAAAAUCAGAAUAAGUUCAAGCAAACACAAAAUCACUGACAAAAAAUAUAUUUAUUUACAUAUUUAUGUACAUUUAAUGUAAAAAGUUUUAAUUUCUAGGAGUUUUACCACAAAGCGAUGAGCGAAUAAUCAUUUGAAUUAGAAAACCAGGGAAAACCUGGAAAACCUAGACAUUUAAAGACCAGUUUUCCAGUUAUGGAAACACCUGGAAAUUGAUUAAAAUCACCAAAUAUCCUAGAAAAAAUGCUGAUGUCCUGGAUAUUUUAGUAGUAUUUUAGCUCCUCACUCACAUCGCCCUCGUAGAGUCGAAGCAGACCUUUUGGCGUGAAGUGUGACGGUCAUAUAGACGUUAUAUACAUAUACAGACGUUCUACAUGCAGACAGCCUAUAAAGGAUCAAAUUUGUUCUUCUGGUUAAUAAAUAUAUGCACAGAGAUACAAAUUGUACGUUCGAUGAACACUUUGAGUUUGUAGGAGAUGAGAGGACUUUGAAAACAGCCACAAAACCGAGCACGAAGUGUUAGUCAGUGACUCUGACAACCUACGAGAGGUAAAUUAUAAAACAAUUUGUGAGCAAACGCUGUCCUGUAUCGUCAGGAAAACUCUUUCUUUAAAAGACAGUCAUUACAGCCUCAGUCUAUGGAGGAGAGGAGAGGCAGAUUAGCUUUUUAUCGGACGGGAAACAGUCCAAAACACAAACCUCCCAAAAAAAACCAAAAUAAAAAAUACAGGCUAGCUGUUUCCCCUCAUUCCCAGUCUCUAUGCUAAGCUACGCUAACAGAUAUAAGAGUGAUAAUAAUGUUCUCAUCUAACUCGAAAAAAAAAAAGAGAACAAGUAUAUUUCCCAAAAUGUCGCCGCAUACGUUUAAUGGUUAUAUACACACACACACACACACACACACACACACACACACACACACACACACACACCGUGGGUUUGGUGAACCGUUACACUCCUGCUGUAUAUUGUGGAUCUUUUGCAGGUUUUCUACACAUCUGUUCUUCCCGCUCACAAACCUUUGUCACAUUGUUCACAACCAGAUGUUCCAUGUGAGAGUAUGUAACCACCAACAGGUCUUUUUUUUUGUAUUUAUUUAUAUAUUUUACUUUAUAUUUUAGUAGCUUUUAAAAAAAACAAAACAAAUGUGUUUCCUGUGAACUGUAACCAGAAUGUCAAAUUUACCUCAGAGUUCUGGCAGUUUCUCCCAUUUAUCUUAUUUAUCCUGAUUUUAUGUUUAAUCCUUUAAUUAGAAAAUCACUGAGACAUUAUUAUUAUAUUUCUUUUAGCUAAUUGUUUAGAUAAUUCCAAUUCACGUAACAUAAAAUCACAGUGGCAUCUCACCUUAAAUAUUAACAGUAUUUUAGCUUUAAUAAUCACAUUACUUUGGUCAAAAUCAACAAAAUGACCACAUGCAGAGCAGCAGUUGUGAUUUUAAAACAUUGCUGAAUAGACAGUGGACACAGUUGAGUCCUCCUCUCCUGGAAAUCAGAAUAAUAAAUCUGUUUUAAAGCAUAAAGUCAUAUUCUAUAUUUUCAUUACCGUCAACAAAUCCCAUAAAAAUACCAAAACCAACGAUAGUUAGUCGAUACUGUCCGACGUCAGCUCACUGGUUCCUACUGAAGGUGUAAAUAACGUUACUCUAACAGGAGGAAAACAUUUGUUAGGGACUAUUUUCAGCGGCGGAUUAAUCCACAUUUGGUGCUCCAGUGUAAAUAAACUACAGGCUUUAAAAACAAAUAACACUCGUUAGAUACAUUCGCUGUUGGUUUUGGAGUUUUUGUGAGAUUUAUUGUCGGGACGAACAUUUUAAAACAUCACUUAACCUUUAAAAUACAUUUUCAAAGUUAAACACAGGCUAUAAUACAUUAAUAACAUUUGAAUUACAUCGUUGUAUGAGUUAAGUUGCUCAGUACAAGAAUAAUGAAUCAAAAUGUACUGGCUCUUAAUCGCAUCAUUCCCUUUUAUUUAGUUGUACAGCACUUCCUCUUCUUACAGCUGCUGUUUGUAUUAUUGCGAAUAUCUAAAUUAUAAUAGAUUUCUUUUGUUAUUAUGAGUUUGGUAUCGUUAUGUUUUUGGGGGAAUCUUUGGGCUCCGUCUCUUAAGGAAUAGGUUUGGAAAAUGUGCUUGCUUGCCAAGAUUUAGAUGAGAAGAUCGAGACCGCUCGUCUAUUCCUGUUAAAUGUCAAAGCUACGGCUACAAGAGGGUUAGACUUCAAACGGCAGAUACGAGAGUGGUGUCAGUGUUCUCGUCUAACGUACCGCAAGAAAGUGGAAAAAAAGGGUUUCCCAAAAUGUCGAGCUACGCCUUUUAAAGCUCUGAAUUUAAUGUUUUACUUCUGUAGCAGGUUUAAUUAAACAAAAUGAUGCUAAAUACUGAGACCUGGCUGUUGUACCAAAUGUUACCCAUCCUCUCCGGAUACGUCUCGGUGGAUGUUUUUAAAGUUUCCAAAAUAUUCAGUAUAUUAUUGAAAUCCAGGAUUCUUUUGAUUCCCCCGGUUUUUAAUCUUGAUUUGAAUAACACACGAGUCUCAUCAGUGUUAAUACAAAGGACCCAGUGAUAUGUGCAGUAAGGUUCAGGAAGUCCCACUGUGUGUAAUGCAUCAAGAUUUGACCCCCACCUGCAACCUCUAACAGUAGCAUAGUGUGUGAAAUGUUUUCAUACCAGCCUUUUUCUUAAACCAAUACGUCUCAUUUUCCUCAUGUAGAACUAAUGCAAUAAUAAAACAACCUGAGGGGCGAAAACCGACCUGUUGGCCAUUUUUAGGGGACGUUAAGUAGAUCUUUGCAGUUGUAGCGUUGAAUAAAUCUUAAUGCUGGGGGGGUUGAGGCAUCGAUGAAUAAAAAGAUGUAAUAUGCAAGUAAACAGGGAAUGGCCAUCUGGUUUGUUCUUCUAUUCAAAUAAAUGAUUGCAAGUUUAAA